CCCCCCGGACCCGCGCACAGAGCUGAGUUCUGGCUGAACCGGUCCGGACCAGACCCGGACCCGAGUGUCGGACGGAUGAGUUCCUGCAUGAAGACGUGCGCGCUCCCGAUGAUGUAGAGGAAGAGGAGGAUGAAGGAGUGACCAAGGAGGAGAGCAGGAAAUCAAACUUUCUACAAACUUGGUCAACUCUGCGCGCUCCCGCGGAAACUUCUCGCUGACUGUUACGCGCAUGCGUAGUGCCCUUCUGUUCUCAGCCCCCUACAGAAUGAACCGAUUGUGCCCGCGGGCUCGGUGGUGAUCUGGACCAGCGGGAGCGCGCCUCGACCCUGCGUGUUAUGACCCUGAGACGAUGAGCGGAGCUAAAAAGAGGAGUGGCUUCCAGAUCACCAGCGUCACCUCUGACCUGCUCCAUCUCACCAAUCUGAACGGACGGCUGUCCCACAGCGUUGUCAGAACCGUCCAAUCAGAGGCCUUCUUCACUCGGCCUCAUGGAAGCUCCUCCCAGCCCACCUCACCAUCGCUUAAGAGGAAACAGAUUACCCAUGAUGCCCAGGGGCCGAGAGCAGGCUGCUCCUCUAGGUUCAGGGUGGUGAGGCUAGCGAGGGGCGGAGCCAGCAGCUGUGGGCGGGAUGAACUGUAUCGACGGGGAAGAUGGACGUGUGUGGAGUUCAUGGAGCGGCAGGUGGGGGUGGGCUGCAGGAGAGUGAUGGACAGCAUGAGACACGCCCACUCACUGGAAUCCUUGGAGAUCAUUGAUCAGGAUACAGAAAGGGGAGGAGUCCACUCCCAGGACACGGCCCACCUGUUUUCCCAACCUGUAACGGGCGGUAUGCAGCAGGAACCAAUCAGCCUCCAGCUCCAGGACCAGAGUGGACAAGAGGCGGGGCUUGUUCUUCAAAGUUGGCCACCAUCUCCAAUGCAGCAUGAGCCAAUCAGCACCCAGAACCUGGACAAGGGAGAGAGAGAGGUGGGGCCUAUUCUAAAAGACACGCCCCCAACACCAGUGCACCUGGAGCCAAUCACAGCUCAGAAUCUAAGCUCCACCCCUACAGCCACUUCACCCCGCCCACAAAGUUUUCCUCGACCAUUACGGCAGCUGAACGUUGACGCCACGAGACGGUCGGUCCUCAGGACGUCCCAGUCCUUACCCAGCUCUCCCCCCUCCCACAGCCCCUCCCUGACCUCCAUCCAGAGCCCAGCAGUGUUUGGUUUGGACCGGAGCAUCUUUAGCCUGCCGGGGGAUGCCAGUGCUUCCAGUUCAAGUCUCCCGGCCAUCGACAAUAAAAUUGAGCAGGCCAUGGACCUGGUAAAGAGUCACCUGAUGCUGGCGGUGCGUGAGGAGGUGGAGCUUCUGAGGGAACAAAUCAGAGAGCAGCAGGAGAAGAACCAGCAGCUGGAGAGAGAGAACCACAUCCUGAGAGCGCUGACCCACAGCUAGACAGCUACACAACAAUAUUAGCACGACUGCAUUAACUACGGCUGGGCGAUGAAACAAUAACAUAUAUUUCACAAUAACUUUUACUCAAGCGGGUCGAAAGAGAACAGAUGAACAGCCAGCGUUAGUCUGGGCUGGACCAAUCAGAGGCUGGAGCAGAGCUACUGCGUAGCCAGAUGAGCUAGCGGCUAACGUUGGUGUAGCAUAGCCUCUGGUAGGGUAAAAAUAGAAAAUAAAGUAUUAUUCCAGCGUCGUGCCUCAUAAAAACAAUCUGAUUCCACCGAUAUAAAACAUUGUUUUUGUUUAUUCUUGUUCAUUUUUAUUGCUUCUUCUUAAAGAAACCGUUUUAAACAAGCAGACAUGUUGAAACUUUAGAUUUCUACUCCUGUUUUAAUCAUUUGACGUCAACAGAAAAUGGCUCCAUGUUUGUUCCGUUCUCUAAAGUUUGAAUAUUGUACUUUAAGACAGACCUCUGUUAUUAUUUUAGUCGCAUAGCGUUUGGUGACACGUUCAGACUUUGAAUAUAAAUCUUUAAAAUAAAAAAUUAGCUUCUGAUAUCCUCACAUGUCACUAAAGCUACCAGCGAACAUGACAGAAGUGUAACACGGAUGGUGUGACUAACAUCGUCGCGUCGCCCAGCCCUAACACAAACACCAAGACUCCUAACGUCUAAACAAACUUACCCUGAUGAAACAACCUAACUGUUUUCAGCGUUGUCAUGGUAACGCAGCAGCCCUCGUCACCGUGACAACAGGACUGAAUUCUGUGAUGUAGUUUUGGGUGUAAUAAAUGACUGAAGUCUGA